UAUUACGGAAAUUGGGAUAUCUAUGGGCGUGGAUAUAUGCCCUCGGACGUCCCUGCGAGUGACAUUACCCACCUCCUGUACGGCUUUGCCGAUGUCAAUCCCAGCACCGGAGAGGUCAUUCUGAGUGAUGCCUACGCGGACCAGCAAAAGCAUUACCCAGGUGAUUCCUGGAACGACGUCGGCAAUAACCUGUAUGGAAGCUUCAAGCAGUUCUACCUCAUCAAGAAGCAGAACCGCAACUUCAAGGUGAUUCUCUCGAUUGGCGGCUGGACCUACUCGCAAGCCGGGCAUUUUGAUCCUGUGAUCGUUUCUCCCAGCCUUCGGGCUAAGUUCGUAUCCAGCGCUGUGUCUCUGCUUGAGGACAACGGUCUUGAUGGAAUUGAUAUCGACUACGAGUACCCUGAUACUGAUGCCAAGGCAUCGGGUUUCACUGCCCUCUUGUCUGAGCUUCGAGCUGCUCUUGAUGCUCAUCAACAAAGCAAGGGCGACACAGUUCCAUACUCAUUGAGCGCUGCUGUCUCGGCUGGACCGCAGAACUAUGCCAAACUGCAGGUGAAAGAGAUGGACCCAUUGCUGGACUUGUGGAACCUGAUGGCCUACGACUAUGCUGGUCCAUGGAGCAGUGAGUCCGGGAACGACGCGAACCUGUACGGCGGCGACAUCAAUACCGAUAGCGCGAUAAAGUGGUAUCUCUCCCAGGGCGCGACCUCGACCAAAGUCAACAUGGGCAUCCCCAUAUACGGACGAUCGUUCGAGAACACGGAUGGCCUUAAUCAGCCAUACAAUGGAGUGGGCCAAGGCAGAUGGGAAGCAGGUGUUUGGGACUAUAAAAACCUCCCAUUACCUGGCGCGCAAGUUGUCGAAGAUCUCCAGACGGUCUCGUCUUACUCCUACAACCCGCAGACCAAGGAACUCGUCAGCUACGAUACCCCUACCAUUGUCCAAGCGAAAGCGAAGUAUAUGCUCCAGCACAAUCUAGCCGGUGCCAUGUUCUGGGAGAUUUCGGCCGAUGCAACAGGACAGAGAUCUCUGGUUGGAACCACGGCCGGUGUGUUUGGCAAACUGCAACAAAUUCAGAAUCAUCUCGAUUACCCGGGCAGCCAAUUCGCCAAUUUGAAGGCAGGGAUGCCCGACAAUUAG